AUGGAGAACUUCAGCCUCAACCCCAAGACCAAGAUGUUUCCAAACUUCAUCCCACCUGACUCCUCUUUUUUCUUGGCAGACCGAGAGAACCAGUCCAUCCUCAUCACCGGAGAAUCCGGGGCGGGGAAGACAGUCAACACUAAGAGGGUCAUCCAAUACUUUGCCAGCAUUGCUGCCAUUGGCGACCGCAAGAAGGAGGUGACCAAUAGCAGCAAGGGCACCCUGGAGGACCAGAUCAUCCAGGCCAACCCUGCCUUGGAAGCCUUCGGCAAUGCCAAGACCCUCCGCAAUGACAACUCCUCCCGAUUUGGGAAGUUCAUCCGGAUCCAUUUCGGGGCCACCGGGAAGUUGGCAUCAGCUGACAUUGAGACCUACCUCCUGGAGAAGUCCCGUGUCAUUUUCCAGCUGAAGGCUGAGAGGAACUACCACAUCUUUUACCAGAUCCUCUCCAACAAGAAGCCAGAGCUGUUGGAGAUGCUUCUCAUCACGAACAACCCCUAUGACUACAGUUAUGUCUCCCAAGGAGAGGUGACUGUGGCCUCCAUUGAUGACUCUGAAGAGCUGUUGGCAACUGACAGCGCUUUUGAUGUCCUGGGCUUCACGGCUGAGGAGAAGGCUGGUGUCUACAAGCUGACAGGCGCCAUCAUGCACUUUGGCAACAUGAAGUUCAAGCAGAAGCAACGAGAAGAGCAGGCAGAACCAGAUGGUACUGAAG